AUGGAUAUCAAACAAAUGGCCCAGGAUGCCUUGCGUUGUGAUGUGUGCGAGGCUGGUGUAGUACAGAGCCGCUGUGACCUUUGUGAAGUCAAACUCUGCAAGACCUGUGUCGGGGAACACCUCGCUAAUUUAUCCCAAAAACACAAAGUCGCUCCUUUCCAACAAUGUGGAUACAAAUCUGAUUACCCAAAUUGUCAAACACAUAUACACAAGCCAUGUCACCAUUGGUGUAAAACCUGUGAUAUUCCUAUUUGUGUUCUUUGUUCUUCCGACAGACAUAAAGGACACAUUUCUUUUGAUACCUCACAGGUCCCGGGCGGACGGCAAAAUGUCGCCGAGAAAGACGCGGAAGAAUCCGAAACUUACGUGUACCCCAAUUACAAAGGCAUUGCGUCAGAGCUAAGAAACUUCAACGAUAAGAGAGGGGAAAUACAAAGAGAUUUGCAGGAAUUGGAGAACAUUUUUUGUCCACAUUUUAAAGAAAGGUUUUCAGAAAUUCGUGAACAAAAAUCAAUUCUGGGAGAUCACUACGAGCAACUAACGACAGCAGUCUCCAAACAAGGGGACGUCUGGCACAGUGAAAUCGACGUCAAUGUAAAGAAACGAAAGUCUGAUGUCGACGAAAUGAGACGCAAACACCUCACAGCGCUAGACAACCAGGAAGAAGAGCUAGAACAAAUUAUCUCAGAAUUGGAAGAAAUGAUACUUGAUAUGAAAGAAAUGCUUAAUUCCAAUAAUGUGGCCUUGACUUCCGCUUACUAUUCCAGCAAUGACAAGUUUAGGAAAUUGCCAGGAAAAUUACUGUUCUCAUUCCCAACGUUUACUCCCAAAGACAUAGAUGAAAAAUUUGUUUCUCAGAAUUUUGGUUGUCUGACCCCACUUUCUAUUACAACUGACCACCAGGUGGCAGUGCAGACACACCAGACGGAUGUGGCUCUACCAGUUCUCCUGGACGAACCGAGGCUCGUCACAACAAUUAACACAAACCUCCCAAAUCUCCACAGUGUCGCUUGCGUCAAUGAUGAAAAUGUCUGGAUGAGUGGUGAGGAUAAUAUAAUAAAGCUGUACGACCUCAACAGAUCGUUAGUGAAAGCGAUCCAAACUAAGUCGGGAAAUAUGCCUUUUGAUAUCGCAGUGACCAAUCUUGGUGAUCUCGUCUAUUCAGACCGCGACUUAAAAACCAUAAAUAUAGUAAAGAUUAACACUAAACAGAUACAGGAAGUGAUCCGACUUCGACAUUGGACACCCUAUAACAUCGGCAUUGCAUCCUCUGGCGAUCUUUUGGUUACCAUGGAGAGCAACAAGAAAGACCCCGACUCGCGAGUAGUGCGUUACCACGCGUUAGCCGAAACACAAAUUAUUCAGUAUGACAGCGCGGGAAAACCUCUGUAUUCAGCGAACAAGUUUACUGUGUACAGUAAAUACAUUUGCGAGAACACAAAUCUGGACAUCUGUGUAUCUGACAGCAGAGCUCGAGCGAUAGUCGUGGUCAACGGGGCCGGGAAACUGAAAUUCAAAUACGCUGGUCAUCACUCGGCUAAAAAGAAGAAAAAGUUUUCUCCAGUCGGAAUCGCGACAGACAGUCAGUCCCGCAUCCUAACUACUGACGUCAACGACAACCGGAUUCACGUGCUAGAUCGCGAUGGACAGUUUCUCCUUUAUAUUAAGGAUGUGGAUCUCGUUUGUCCGUGGGGUUUAUGUGUGGACUCCAAAGACAAUCUUUUUGUGGUCGAGUGCCAAAGGAGCCAAGUCCGAAUGAUUAAAUACUUGGACAUAUAG